AUGAAUUCCAAGACGGACGAUCUCGAUAAAAUUAAGACUGCGUUAGAGUCCGACAAAACUCUCUUCCAGACUCAGACUAAAGAUCAAAUUGACGAUGGGACUAUUGAAGCCCUCGGUCCCAUGUCCGCCAUAUCUGUUUCUGCAUUUUAUCUUAUCUCUUACGGAGGAUAUUUCGGUUUGACAUGGGGAUGGUUUAUCCCUAGUGUGAUACUACUUCCACAAGUGCUGGCGGUGUCAGAGUUAUGCUCAUCAAUGCCGGUUAACGGAGCUUACUACUGGUGGGCUGCAGCCCUGGCACCACCUGCGUGGUCGCGCUGUGUCGGGUUUAUCUCGGGCUGGGUCACCAUGUUUGGACUGCUCACUGGGAUCGCCAGCUUUUCAUACGCUGUUGCUGCUGGUCUUGCGCAGUCCAUAAUGAUUGCAAAGCCUGAUUGGUCAGCUAGUAAUCCGAUAAUCAUGGCAAUGGCUCUAGCCGUGGUCGUGUCCUGGGCUCUGACUAUGGCACUGCGUCUCGAGAGCAUCAGCAUAGCCUAUAUUUUUACAGCCGCGGUCAUGCUAUUAUAUACAAUCAUCUAUCUCAUCGCCCUGCCCGUUACACAUGCUGUCCAGGGGCAGCCUUUUCCUUCGGCUAAGACAGUGUUUGGGAGUUAUCAAAACUAUACCGACUGGGAUACUGGGGUCGCUGUAACAUUUACAUGGUUUUGUGCUGCCUGGGUGAAUUCUAUCUGGAUGGCUCCAGCCUAUGUUGCUGAGGAGACACAUAAUUCUCGGAUCAGUGCCCCGAAGGCUAUGAUAACAUCUUAUUUGUCCACUUGUAUGAUGGGCCUUUUUGUGACGGUAAUCACUGCAUUUUGCAUCCCAGACAUGGAUACCCUCGCUGCAGACCCUUCGGGCUACUACUUCUACACCGUCCUUCUAAACCACUGGGGCCGACAAAAGGCCUCUGCAUUCCUUUUAUUCAUUGCUCCGUUCAGCACCUUUGGCGGCAGUGGCAUGCUCCUUACCUAUGCCACUCAGAUUGCCGCCUUCGCCCGUGAUGGCGGUCUCCCGUUUGCAUCCUAUCUCACCCAUAUAAACAAGCGCCUCAAUCUUCCUUUGAAUGCCGUCUGUGCGCUAUCUACCGGCACAGCUCUUCUACUUCUCCUCUCCUUAUCGGAGUCUGCAAAACAAAUCAUCUACUCCCUCGCAGUCCUGUGCGGACUUUUAAACUCGGCUGUCCCUGUCGGCCUGCGUCUGUUUGCUGGCGACCGAUGGAUUCCAGGCCCAUGGAAUUGUGGAAGAUGGAGCAAACCGAUCCAUGGAUUUGCGUUCUUGUCACAGAUUUAUUUUAUGAUUAUGGAGUCCUUUCCCCUUUAUAAGGCUUGGGACGCGGCUACGACUUUCAACUAUAAUUGGGUCGUGACACUAGGAGUUUUACUCAUCUCGAUUGUGCUUUAUUUGACUUAUGGAAGGAAGUUUGCAGGAAUUCCAUUGCAGGAGAGGGGCGCUGGCGAGAAUACUGCUAGAUAG